AUGGUCUUGGGAGUUUUGUCACAAUUUAUAAGAUCAAUUGAUGCCCAAGAAUCUUUAUAUCCUACAACAACUGUUAUUGGAUCUGAUACUUAUACACCUCCAAUAGGACAACCAACAAUACCGAUACCAACACCGGGACAACCAACACCAGAAUUUUCAACUGAACAGUCAACACCAGGAUUUCCCACAGAACCAACACAGCCAGUAGGACAAACAACGCAACCAAUAGUUCAAUCAACAAUAUCUACAACAUUUGAAUCAUAUGAAAUUUCAAUUUCAAUUUCAAGUACACCAUCCAUUUUCUCAGAAAUUAUCCCUUCAGGAAGUACAUCUUUAUACCAAGGAAUUUCUACCACAUCAUCCAUCCCUUUAACUUCUUCGGAUCCAUCCCUUAUAACCUCCACUACAUCCGAAAACGCUGGAGAAUUGUCACCAUCUUCGUGUGUAGACUCAAUAAAUUAUUAUUGUGACAUUAAUACAUCAUUUUGCGUGGAAAAACAGGAUGAUAACUCCAGUUGUUCUGCGGAUUAUAUAUGUCGAACAAAUUCUACCUGUGAGAACUUUAUCUGCAUUCCCUUGUUUUCUAAAGGUUCUAUUCUAGGUUUAUUAAUAAUAUUAGGAAUAGUGUUUUUGGCACAUCGAUUUUUGGUAAAAAGGAAAUCCGAGAUAGAAAAUAGAAAAAAUACAAGGAAUUUCUAUAGUAUUGAUGAACCAGAACCUGAAAAAACAAUAUAUCCAUUCGUGGCAAGGUCGAAUUCAUUUUCAAAUGUUAACUCACCAUCAAACCCUUCAAAUAUUUCCGAGUCACCAGUUUACAGAUCAGGUGCAAUAAAUAAUUAUCAGGAUUUAACGAGAGUACCUGCAGUGAAUAUUCCCACUUUGGAUACGAUAAAUGAAAAUGUGUACAUGAGCGAUAAUAUAAGGAAUCCACCGACAAUAUUUUUAAGUCAAGACACAAUAUUUUCUCAAAUUCCCGGGAAAAAUGCAUUGAGAGAUUCUAAAGAUUCCAAUUCCUCUUCAGAAAGUAGUAAUACGAAAACCUCAUGGACGUGUUCUUUAUACUCUACCUUUUCCACUGAUUCCUUUCAAUUGGAAAACAAUCGAACAUCAUCGAUUCAUCUUACGGAAUCAAUGAAAAAUGCAUUAAUGGAAGCUCGUUCUAAAGAGAAGAACGGGAAGUAUGAGAAGAAUGAAAUCAUUGAAUCGCGUGAAAAGAAGAAUGAAAAUAUUACAACAACUAUACAUAAUGAAGAAAUGAAUGAUCAGGAACAAUUGGAAAGAAGUUCUUCAUUACGAUCCGUUAUAAAGUUGAAUGCACCAAUAUUUAAUAAUUUGUCAAAACGUCAAUAA